UUAUAAACUACCUAAAUAUACGUAUAUAAUCACCUUUCAUUUGCAUGCAUAAAUUCAGCAAACAAGAAAAUUGCAUCGUUGAGGUCGAUGAACAUCUAUCUCUCCAUCACCAUCUUGCUCAAAUAACUCCAACCUCAAUGUCGCUUUCCUCCCGCGCCGUGUGCCCCACCGAGCUGAGCUGGUGCCGCGCCGUCCCCACCGGCACCGGAAUCACCGUCCUGGCCCUCCUCUUCUCGAAGCCCCCCGACGUCCCCUUCCUCGAAAACGCCCUCCGCAGCCUCCAAUCCUCCCACCCCAUCCUCAACUCCAAGCUCCGCUUCGACCCCUCCUCCAACUCCUUCUCCUACGUCACCCCCCAAUCCCCCUACCUUCAAAUCCGCCCCUUCGAUUCCCAAUCCACCGCUCACAUCCUCCGCUCCCCCAAUCCCAACCCCAUCCCUCCCUUGCACCUCAUCCUCGAGCACGAGCUCAACACCAACUCCUGGCAGAAUCCCCACCCUUCCUCCGACACCGAUCUCUUCUUCGCCAGCCUCUACUCGCUCGAGGGGGGAAAUUCGGUGCUCGCGCUCCGCCUCCAUACCUCCGCCUGCGACAGGGCGGCCGCCGGGGCGCUGCUUAAGGAGCUCGUCGCAUUUAUGGAGGCAAAACAGGGGAUUCAAGGGGAAUCGGGCAAGGAGAUGAAGGUCAGUUUGGGGAUUGAGGAUUGCAUCCCUUCUGGCCAGGGGAACAAGCCGUUUUGGUCGCGCGGCGUCGACAUGUUGGGGCAUUCUCUCAACUCUUUCCGCCUCGCCAAUUUGAGCUUCAAGGACACCGCCUCGCCCAGGCUGUCGCGCGUCGUUAGGUUCAAGAUGAGUGAGGAGGAUACUGGAAAAAUUCUGUCUCGUUGCAACUCUAAAAAGAUAAAGUUAAGUGCAGCUUUAGCAGCAGCCGGGUUAAUUGCUUGUCAUGCCUCAAAAAGGUUCCCUGAUGAACAGUGGGAGAAGUAUGCAGUUGUAACUCUCAUGGAUUGUCGACCUGCUCUUGAUCCCGUGCUUAGCAGCCAACAUAUUGGUUUUUAUCACACUGCCAUUAUGCACACUUAUGAUAUUCAUGGAGGAGAAAAAUUGUGGGAGCUGGCAAAGCUAGUCCAUUCUUCAUUUAUGGACUCGAAGAGCAAGAAUAAGCAUUUCACAGACAUGGCCGAUCUCAACUUCUUAAUGUGCAAGGCAAUAGAGAACCCCAGUUUGACCCCAUCAUCGUCUCUCAGAACUUCACUAAUAUCUGUCUUCGAGGACCCUAUUUUCGAUCCUCCAAACAAACUGAAGGAGACCAUGGGGUUCGAAGACUUCAUUGGAUGUGCCUCAGUUCACGGAGUAGGCCCAUCAAUUGCAGUAUUCGACACAAUAAGACGCGGGGCAUUAGAUUGUGCCUUAGUAUAUCCAUUCCCAUUGUUUUCAAGGGAGCAGAUGAAUGACUUUAUAGAUAGAAUUAAUAGGAUUCUUUUGAAAGGAAUAUAGCUUAAUCGGUCGAUACCACCGUGUACUCAAUAUAUGUUGUGUCUUGAAAAUAGUUGUAUACUUUGAUGAAUUAUAUUUUCAUCCCAACUUUUGUUGGGCAAUGAAUACAGUUAAUCGCUCUUUCUCCUUCA